AGGAAACAAUGAGCUCAACACAGAAGGACCAACAUGGAGCGAGAAGUCAGCGCUCUCAGGAGGCCGACAAACCUCACAGAAGAAAGGGACAGAAAACAUACACCUGUGACGAGUGUGGGAUGGGUUUUAUUGAUAAGACUUCACUAAACCGUCAUCAGGUCAUCCACACUGGAGAGAGACCGUUCAGCUGUGACAUGUGUGGAAAGACUUUUUCCAGGAAGGGUUCCCUAAAAACACACCAACUCAUCCACAGUGGAGUUAAAGCGUACAGCUGUGAUCAGUGUGGCAGAGCUUUUACUCACAGUAGCUACUUACAGAAGCAUCUAGUUACCCACUCUGGAAUUAAGGCAUACAGCUGUGACAUUUGUGGAAAAACCUUCAGCCGGAUUGAGAGCAGAAAUAGACACCUACGCAUUCACACCAGACAUGAUGUGUACUGCUGUGAUCAGUGUGGCAAAGAGUUUAUAACAGACACACAGUUACAAAGCCACAUGUUUACCCACACUGAGGAGAGACCUUAUAAAUGUGACCUGUGUGAGAAGACUUUUAAAUCUCCACGUUACCUGAGACGACACCAACAGAUCCACACCAGAAAGAGACUCUCUAAGCGCGGUUACUGUGAGGACCAACAUGGAGCCAGAAGUCAGCGCUCUCAGGAGGCCGACAAACCUCACAGAAGAAAGGGACAGAAAACAUACACCUGUGACGAGUGUGGGAUGGGUUUUAUUGAUAAGACUUCACUAAACCGUCAUCAGGUCAUCCACACUGGAGAGAGACCGUUCAGCUGUGACAUGUGUGGAAAGAGUUUUACCCUGAAGGGUUCCCUAAAAACACACCAACUCAUCCACAGUGGAGUUAAAGCGUACAGCUGUGAUCAGUGUGGCAGAGCUUUUACUCACAGUAGCAGCUUACAGAGUCAUCUAGUUACCCACUCUGGAAUUAAGGCAUACAGCUGUGACAUUUGUGGAAAAACCUUCAGCCGGAUAGGGUACCGAAAUGCACACCUACGCAUUCACACCGGACAUGAUGUGUACUGCUGUGAUCAGUGUGGCAAACAUUUUACAACAGACGCACAGUUACAACAACACAUGUUUACCCACACUGAGGAGAGACCUUAUAAAUGUGACCUGUGUGAGAAGACUUUUAAAGCUCCACGUCACCUGAGACAACACCAACAGAUCCACACCAGAAAGAGACUCUACAAGUGCAGUUACUGUGAGUUUAGAAGCAGAGCGACACGGAUGGAUCCAGUUCUCAACCCUGUCAUCACUGUUGAGGUGAAAAAGACUUUCGCUGUGACCUUUGUGGAAAAACUUUCAGUUACCAAGAAACCCUGAAAAUACAUCAACGUAAACACACUGGAGACAAACUGAACUACUGCAAAGAAUGUGGGAGAAGCUUCACCACGUUAAGUGGAUUAAAACGACAUGAACUCAUUCACAGUGGGGUUAAAAAGUACGUCUGUGAUCAGUGUGGGUCAUCUUUCAUUACUGCAAGUGGGCCUAAAACACACAAACGAGUCCACACAGGAGAGAAACCAUACAAGUGCAGACACUGUGACAAAAGCUUCUCACAAUCAGAUCCUCGGAGCCGUCAUGAACGUACACACAUGGAAGGAAACUACAGCUG